AGAAGCAGGAAUAAAAAAAAAAACAAUUAAAUAAGAAAGUUACUGGGGUCUGUGAAAGAAAGUCCUCGCUUUUAAGGAUUUCUUUAUUAGUUCUCAAGUUGCUUCUCUUUGAAGUCUUCUGUGAACGACUUAAGAUCACAGGAUAAUUUGAGUAAACAUAUUGACUGAAUUGAUGUUUUCUUUUUUUCUUUUUCUUCACUGAACCUCUGAAGGCUAAGAGGAGUUUCCACUGAAACCUAACAAAUGAUCAGGGAGGACGUUGCCCUCCCUCAUGAUCUGUUAUGUUCCUAGGUGAGAGCAGGACAGCUCACACUGUGGCCUCUGGAGAUACAACUCAUUCUGUGGAGAGGAACAGCUACUGCUUGAGAGUACUUAGUAAGCAUAUUUCUGCUUUACUGCACAAUAAUGUCCAGUCAUCUGGAGUGAGGAGAGGGACAAGGAGGAGAGGAAACCAUGUCGCUUGGAUCUAAAUCCAGCCAAUCUCCUGUUACUUAAAGACUAUACUUUUGUGGAGAUUUCCAACCUGAUAUGGGAGGCAAAUUAUACAGUAUUUUUACCUUUUAUGUAGCAAUUAGAAAGAUUUUUUCAUCCAUCCUUUUUAUAAUUUAAUAGCUGCUCCAGAGCUAUCACUAAACAUCAUCCUAACAGCCAAUGAGAGACUCAAAGGCCCAGCUGGAUCCUGUCAUUUGUUUGUCAAAUAAUCAAAGACACGUCCAAUCUCCAGCUAAUGGAUUGUCAGCAAGAGAUCCAGGAAAGAUUAAAGUACAACGUCCUGGAUGGAAUCCAAACAACUCAGAAAAGGAUCAAAAAAAGGAAAUGACAGAUUUCUCAGGAACAAAAACAUUCUCCCCAGAGCUUUCCUACAGGGUGUGCAUCCAUCAUGAGUUACCCCUAAGGUCUUGGAGCUCUGCUGUAUUUCUGGACAAGUCACUUUGCAUUUCACUUGCAGAACUUGCUGCAGGAGUGAGAAGAGUUCAAGUACCUCUGUACAGAUCUGCCCUUACUUGUCAGCUUGGUGUGCAAUCUCUCUGCAGAUCCACUACAGAUAAGAAACCAGCCAAAACAAGCGAGGUUUACAGGAGAGGUAACUUCAGCAGGUGCAAUGUCCAAAAGAUGAGACUGGAUCACACAGGGAGCCCUUUUUCAAAGCACUGUGGACCCAGGGAAGAUCAAAAGGCACUUGCUUGUGGUGUUAACAGUAAGGAUGAUGACUGGGAAAAGCAGAGCCACAGCACUUCUUUGUCAUUCAGAGAACCUUCUUCCUUCAACACAAAGGCUGCAAAGCAGAAGGGGAAUGCAAAUGAGGCAGCCGUCUCUGCUCAAAGUAAUUCCAGGCACAGGAAGCACACUAUCACUGUUAGACCAGAUUCAGAGAUGAUGAGCAAGCGGGGAGGUCAAAAGGCAGAAGAAGACCAGGAAGGUAGCAAAUCCAUUGAAGCUCAGACAAUUUCCACUUGUCAUCACCACUCACAGCUGCAGAAUGAUACCGUGGGAGGCACUCCUAAAACUCUGAGCCUGAAAGAGGCUUUGGAGCUCUUCAGGCCAGAUUUCAUCAGCCGAUCUCAGGGUCGGGUGAGGAGGUUAGAGCAAAGGGCCAGGAGAAGGAGGGCUCUGAGGGACUCCAAUCCAGAUCUACUGAAGGCCCUAUAUGAAGACAGAGACAAGUACAAGAGGAACUGUACAACACCAGAUCCACUUAGUGAUAACCUUUUUAAGCCAAGGGAGAGGUCUAUAUCAGGCAGAGAGAUGCAUCUGAGGUCCAGACGGAUUUACAACAAGCUGCCGGAGGUGACAAAGAAGAAGGAGGAGGAGAAAAAGAGGGCCAUAUCUCAAACCAACAGACUGCGAGCAGAGGUCUUCAAAAAGAGACUUCUGGAACAGAUUCUGCAAAGAUGAAAGCGACACCAUCAGAAACCACCUUGUAAUAAAAACUGCCUCCAUGUGCAUUCCACUCUUGGGUUAUGUCUCCUAACUUUCCACUCUUUAUAUUGUUAUAAACAGUGAAACUUGAUUUUUUUUUUCUCAUGUUGUUCCCAAAUUCUCUCUUUCCAGUUAGAGACUGCCAUGGUGUGAAAAGUAUAUCUGCUUCUCAUAUCUGUAUACAAAGGUGAAAGGUUAAAAAAAAAAAUCUACAGUAGUUAGUGUACUUUGGGAAGUGGACCACUGGAGGUACUCUGACUAUAAACCAAAUUAAUGCUGUUAUAUUUACCGUGUUAGUGAGCUCCAGUCUAUAAAGAGCACAGUGACGAUGUGUGUUUCCUUUAGGCUAUUUCUAAAUACAGGAAGAAUUCAUCAAUACUAUCUAUAUUUAAAAAUGACACUGAAUAGGUAGCUUAAAAAGAAAAAUUAUUGUUUAACUUUUAAUAUAUUUUAAUAUUUUUGCACAGUUAUGAAUAACUGUAGCUUUUCUAUUAUACAUAACAGUAGCUCUGACUGACACUUUGAUCAUGUCCUACGUUGUAGUUUAAAUAUUUGUUUUAUUGCUAUAAUACAAUGAAACCAAAACUUUUUAACACAAGGUUAUCCUAGCAUACAGUCUAAAGUUUUUUUUUCUUCAAAAAAUGUCUGGCACAGUUUGAUAGAUGCCAACUGAAAACAAAUACUAACUAAAACAAUUCCUGUGAAAUGGCUGCAACA